UUCGCCAAUCAGUUUUCAGUCAUCUGGAUGAAGCAGGCGAACGGUCUGAACUCCAUUGACGUGCCGAUCUCCUCCAACACGAUCUUAUUCACACAAGAACCACGCUUCUCGGUGGAGCAAGAAGGCGACACCUACACCCUGCAGAUCAGUGACAUCCAAGAAUCUGACCAGGGCGUCUACGAGUGCCUAUGCCAAAUAAGUGUCCAGAACUCCAUCAGCGGCACCGUUCUGCUGGCCGUUCGACUGAAGCCGGUCAUUUCGGACAACUCCACCAGGUCCGUGAUAGCGUCCGAGGGCGAGCGCGUGGAGCUGUCCUGCUACGCCAGCGGCUUCCCUCGGCCGGAGAUCACGUGGAGGCGCGACAACAACUACCUGCUGCCCACCGGCAAGGCCAUCUCCCGAGGCAACGUGCUGGUGAUCGAAAGCGUCAGGAAGGAGGCCCGUGGCACCUACUACUGCGUGGCCGACAACGGCGUAGGCCGCGGCUCCAAGCGAAACGUGGCCGUGGAGGUGGAGUUCGCACCCGUCAUCACUGUGCCGAGGCCCAAGGUCUACCAGGCGAUGCAGUAUGACAUGGACCUGGAAUGCCUUGUGGAGGCGUACCCUCCGCCUAGCAUCACGUGGAUUAAGGAUGGUCUCGUCCUGAACAACAACCAACAUCACCAGAUGUCAAUGUUCGCCACCAGUGACCAGACCACCGACAGCAACCUGCGCACACUGUCCAUAGAGAAGAAGAAACAGUUCGGCCAGUACCAGUGCCGGGCGGCGAACCGUCUCGGCACCGCGGAGAACUCGGUGGAGCUAGUCGAGGCGUUCAUCCCUGUGUGCCCGCCGGCCUGU